AUGGGUCGAUCAGCCAAGAUGGCCAAGCGCCCAGUCAGUCCUUGAACGCUCUUUUCACCCUUUUGGAGAACGGAACUAAAGCUGACCGUGAACAUCAUCCCUCCCUCCCCACUCACCACACCUCACCCCAUCCACGCCCAACCCCCUCCGCAUCCCCACUAGACCAAAGCCGAAAAGCUCUCUCGCCAAGUGAACGCGCCCAUAUCUACCCUCAACCGAUCCCAACGACUACGCUCCCUCUCCCCCGAUCUCGCCACCACCUCCACCUCCACCUCCACCUCCACCUCGACCAGCUCCACCUCGAUCCCCUUGUUCAACACUUCUCGGAAAGGCGCUCUUGUCCCACCAAGACCCCGAACAGCCACAGUAACCACUUCAACAACCGACCUUACCGAACCCGACUUGGAAUCGGACAUGAACUUGCACCUGAGCGCACCUUCAAGCACAAGCAUCGACCUCGUCUCUUCCCUCUCUUCCACCACCACCACCACCAACACCCCAACAGCAGCUCAUUCACAUUGGUCUUCCGAAUUCCCGCUCUCCAAACAACAACGCAAACCCUCCACCACCUCGGACAAACUCAAGAAAGCUCAACGUUCCAUCUCGAACGACGCGCGAAAAGUCGAUCGCAAGAUCACCGGUCGUGGAACGGGGGUAGUAGGAGGAGGGGGUAAAGGUUUGAAGGGGGGAAAAGACAAGUUCCGCUUGGGGGUUGAUUACGUGACGUUGCAUGAGAAGAGGAAUGGUGGCGAGAGGUUUAGUAAGAAAUUGAGGUAA